AGGGAGGGACCGACUGACGGAGCGAGGAUGUCCGGCCGCGGGAAGCAGGGCGGGAAGGCGCGGGCCAAGGCCAAGUCGCGCUCGUCGCGGGCCGGGCUGCAGUUCCCCGUGGGCCGCGUGCACCGGCUGCUGCGCAAGGGCAACUACGCGGAGCGGGUGGGCGCCGGCGCCCCGGUGUACCUGGCGGCCGUGCUGGAGUACCUGACGGCCGAGAUCCUGGAGCUGGCGGGCAACGCGGCCCGCGACAACAAGAAGACGCGCAUCAUCCCCCGGCACCUGCAGCUGGCCAUCCGCAACGACGAGGAGCUCAACAAGCUGCUGGGCAAGGUGACCAUCGCGCAGGGCGGGGUGCUGCCCAACAUCCAGGCCGUGCUGCUGCCCAAGAAGACCGAGAGCCACAAGGCCAAGAGCAAGUGAACCGGGCCGGGAGGAGCGCCUCCGAGCACAGAAGCGAAACCCAAAGGCUCUUUUCAGAGCCACCCACAGCCUCGCGAAGGAGCUGGAGAUGCUGCUGCGCGGGGGGCAGGGGAACGGCGUGCGUGCGUUCCUCAGGGGAGGGUCCGCUCGCGUUAGAAGGGGGGGUGUCUCCCCUCUGUAGCCGCCCCGGCCCAGUUAUGAGCCGCCGAGCUCAGGCGCGGCCGGGAAGCCAGCGUGUUCCUCGCGGGCCCCGCAGCGGCUAGCGG